GCAGAUGCAUGCGCCAUCUACACACGGCGAUGAGCAAGGACAAAAAAAUAUUAAUGCUUCUUAUUGCAUAAUUUAGCCGUACCUUCUACGUUUUAUGCUAGGCGACACGGUCAUUUUCGGCUGUUUAACUUUAGGUCAAUUGUCACGGUGCUAAGUUGCCACGGAAUGGUAUAACUUCUCAGCUGGGCGAAGAUCCACCCAGUGAAAACGGCGCUUGGCCCUCUCAAGUCUCCGAUACGUAAGAAAUAACAGGCGAACACCGAGAGAGGCCGGUUGGACUCCUGCGAGCGUCAGCAGCCGUGGAGUUGUUGACGCGGUGAAUGCAACAGUGGCGGCGGCGCCGACGCACCGUGAUCCCUUUCAGCGGCGAAGUGCGCGGCCAGGCGACGCUUUUUGACGCUGCGAGGGGUGAGCGACUUCAUCGAACAACCACGGCGUCGUCGCCUGCCGGAGACAUUCUGCGGACGCAAGAGCAACAACAGCUGCGGUGCUCCCUCGCGCCCGAUAUCGCCAUAUGUUGAGUGCGCGUCGCCGACUCGCCGCACCGUUUCCAGCGCGCGGCUCGGCUGCGCUCUGCGAGAAGCCGUAGGUAAACUGCGGAUUGGUGAUAGGCCACGGCCUCAUUGUGCACUGAGAAUUUCAUUUUUUUCUUUUUGUGCGCGUGUGUGUGUGUGCCCGGGGUCGUUCGCCUGCGCGUGGUGGUGUGUUCGGAGAACGCGCCUGGAUUCUGGGAGCUUCAGUUGUGUGUUUGUCUAAGUGGCUGAGGCGGAAGAAGGGAGCCGCACUGCGUGACAGCGACUUCGGCCAAGGGCGGCUCCAUCAACGACGGCAGCGGCCAGGUUUCUUUAACUCUGCCGAAACAUCGUCCCGACAUGACAGCGAUACAGCGCUCGGAGUCGGCGACCUGUGAGACCAGCACCUCGAGAAGCAGAGACGGCGGCGGCUGCUGCUGCCAGGAGGAGUCCUGACCCGGCGGCCGUUGCAGCAGCAGCAGCAGCAUCAGCGCGGCCGGCGGCCAUGUGGGGCCUCGGGUGAUGGGACCCCAGGGGGGAUCGAUGGGCUCCAGCGGAGGGGGCCCUGCCCGGGACGGCCUCGUCUGGGACACCGAGAACCCCGCCGUGCCGGGGUUCUCGCUCCGCGCUGCCUCCCUGGACGCCGCGCUCAGGUUCCUCAUCGACUGCUUCCUGCCCAUCGGUGGCCUGGAGGACGACGACAACCGGUUUCCCUACAUUUUCCUCCUCAUGCACCAGUGGUUCAUCAAAUCUGAGAAGCUGGCACGAUGCCUCGUCGACCAAUACAUGACCAGCAAUACUCAGCAUCGAUGCGUGUUGCCCUGUGUUCAUACCCUGCAGCACUCAACGCACUGUCCCAUUUACAAGCACAAGGCACAGGUGUGCCAGGUGUUCAGAUACUGGAUGCUCAAGUUCCCCCAGCACCUGGAGGCCGAGGGCGUGGUGGCGCGGCUGGCGGCGCUGCAGUCUCGGCUGCGCCAGGAGGGCCACUCGGUGCUGGCCGACCUGGUGGACCUGACCCGGAGGCCCUCGCCGCGCUCCGAGUGGGCGCGGGCCGUCUCCGUGCGGCUGCCGCUCGCCAAGCACACGCGCAAGGUGUCGCUCGUGUUCGACCACCUCGAGCCGCGCGAACUAGCCGACCACCUCACCUACCUGGAGCACAAGGUCAUGAAGCGCAUCACCUUCCUGGACUUCAAGCAGUACGCCGAGCAGGGCACGCUGGCGGAUAACCCUCGCCUGGAGCGCUCCAUCUCGCAGUUCAACGGCCUCUCCCAGUGGACCCAGUGCAUGGUGCUCUCGCGGUCCACACCGCAGCAGCGAGCAGACGUCGUCACAAAGUUCGUCGACGUCGCUAAGAACCUGCUGGAGCUGCAGAACUUCAGCUCCCUGAUGGCCGUCGUGGGUGGACUGAACCACAGCGCGCUGGCGAGGCUGUCUCAGACGACCACCUGCCUCUCGGGGGAGACGAGGCGGACGCUGGCGCAGUUCGCCGCCCUGCUCUCCUCGGGGGGCAACUUCUGCAACUACCGCAAGGCACUCGCCGAGGCACGGGACUUCCGCAUACCUAUCCUGGGUGUGCACAUGAAGGACCUGAUCUCGGUGCACGUGGCGCUGCCGGACGUUGUGGACGGCAUGAUCAACCUGCGCAAGAUGGCGCAGCUGUCGCACAUAUUCCAAGAACUCUGGGAGCUGCAGCACUCGCCUCCGCCCCUCGACGUCAGCAUGGACCUCAUCAACACGCUCAAGCUUUCCCUGGACACAGCCUACACCGAGGACGAGAUCUUUGAACUUUCUCUUGCCAGAGAACCAAAGGCACCCAUGGUAUCUCCGUCGAAGCCCCUCGCUAUGGAAUUUGCAUCCAAAGUCCCGGAAGGAACUGACCUGGCUCUGGUCGAGAAACAGAUCUGCGAUAUGGUGGAGGAGGUGUUCCACGAGUACGACACGGACCGCGACGGCUACCUGAGCCCCGAGGACGUGGCGGCGGUGACGUGCCGCUUUCCUGCGUUGCGGGGCCUGGUGCCCGAGGAGUGCCAGCGGCGGCUGCUGGGCCGACACGACAUCCGCCGCUUUCUGCUGCGCUCCAACUGGGCCAUGUUCCGACACGACUUCCACGAGACCACCUACUUCCGGCCCACCUUCUGCAUACACUGCACCGGCCUGCUGUGGGGCUUGAUCAAGCAAGGCUUCAAGUGCAAAAAGUGCGGGAUCAACGCGCACAAGCAUUGCCGAGAGCAAGUGCUCGCCGAAUGCCGACCCCUCACACCGCAGGGUCCAGUGAGGAGCUCUUCCUUUUCCUCGACAGAGUGGAGUGUGCCGAGGCCCAGCCGCCACCACCAACAGCCUCAGCAACAGCAACAGCCGAGGCGCUUCAAGCAGAGCCGUUCGGAGAGCGAGUCGGCGCCGCUGGUCCAUCGGACCUCCGACACGCGCUGGAAGUCGGAGGACGGCAGAUCGACGGCGACCCAUUCGUACGGCCAGACGGUGCGCAACACGUGAUGUUUGCCAUCACGCCACAGGGACCUCCUUUCUCUGGGUGCCACGCCGCAGAACUCCUUGGCCCCCUCCCUUGUUUCUUCGCUAACCCGCCCACCUGCCCCUUUUUUCUGCUCGCCUUGACGAUUGUCAGCCUCCUGUGCUUUCCCGAUGAUGGACGCUCUCCCCAAGACCUCUCGAGAACCACAGCCCCUCUUCUGCCAUUUCGCGUGGCGCGAUGCGAUGCACGAGUUGUUCUUCGUACCUGCGACUCGGGGCGCUAUGUUGGCCCCAACGUACCUUGCGUCUACUGCUGGACUCGCCAGACGCCUCGGGUAUACAACGUGGGCCUCGAAAGCGGUCCGUUGUGCAUGUAUGAGUUUGCCAAGCGCCGCAGAAGCUGAUCCAUGUGUGCCACACAUCCUCCAGAGUGCGCUGACGAGCAAGGUGGUCGAAAUCUUGAUGAAGAGACUGAAAUGUUGAGAGAGGCGUGUAUGACUGAUAAUACUAUAUCCAUGGCUUAGCAGCGGGAGACUCAACUUAUCGGCCACUCGGUCUAAAGAUAGGAUGCUGUUACUUCUUGGAAGAUACCUAAAUGCUCUGCCAUGUUAGUACCAGGUGUCGCAGCUGCGGCAAGGAGUGACAUAAGCGACUGUGCCUUCUUUGAGUUGGGUUAUACGCUUCUGAAAGAGACGGUACGCGUGACAUAGUGGUAAGGUUACAGUGACAGCAGCCACUUUUUUGUAUGGCGCUUUGGUUCUUCGGAGCGGUACCCAAAUUUUGACCAAGUAGUCGGCAUGUCCAACCUGCCAUUUUAAACCUUAAAUUUUAUUUUUUUCUCCAUUUUGUUGGUCAGCGGUGCGGCGGCAAUUGUCAAGGUUUCUUUCUUUUUUCUCUCUCAUUAGUCAUGUAUACGCCUUGUAGAAUGUGCGGCACCUUUCAGGUCGGCUCCCACAGCGCCCGGUAAGCCUCGUAUAUGCACAAAGGGUCGCUUAAAGGGCCAAUGUCUUUUUUUUUCUAUUCGAGUUGUUUGGUGAACGCGUGAUAUGACUACAUAACAUUGUCAGUAGGCUACAAGUGAGAGAAACAGUUUCCGGCGGAGGGUAUCUGCUCUUGACCAUAACUCACGGCUACGCGAGCAGACUAUCCGCAGCCUUGGGGCGCUGUAUGUUUGUAAGGAAAGUUGAGCGUGUUUUUAACGGGUGUAACAUGUAAUCAUGUUGACGGGACCUGCAACAAUUCAAAUGAAGGUGUGUCGUCGGCUAGUGGGUUCGCCCUGUCGACGCCGAAAGCCUAACGUCGUUUUCGCCGUUGGGCGACGAAGUGCGGACUCUGCGGCUUUGCCGAGAAUCGUUCGCCUCCGCGUGUCCGUUCUUCGCGCUGUUGUACAUACUUGCCGUGAUAUGUGUUAGCAUACUUUGACUCAUCACAGCCGUGAGACGGGCCCUGGUGUUGCCUCGUCGAAGAGUGCGUCUAUUGUUCUCUCCGCGGGCUACAGCACUCUCUCCACUGCUUGUCACUGCCACGAUUGUCGCUGACGAACGUUGGUAUGUGAAUUGGCAUCGCUCAGUGCGAGGAACUUCGGAAGUCUGAACAUAUUUUCUGUUAAAAAUGAAGCUACCUUGAAACUUCGAGCCAGCUAUGGUAGGUGGUAACCCUGAAGGAGACUACUCUAAUCUCCACCCCGAAAUCGUCUCACCAGUGUUUAAAGUAUGGCUGGUCGUUUACAGUUUCACACUCUUCCGACAGAUGGCGGUGACUGCCCAGACAUGCAGCGAGAAGUGUUACGUCUGGCGUCGUCAAUAAUCGUAAUCAUCUCCGAACGCGAAAGUUUUUUUCUUGUGUCUUGUUAAAGUGUUGUCUUUCCGACGUCUCUUACUCGUCUUCUAAAAGGAGUCACAUCGGUCAUUCUCUCGCCAAGUUGUGCACUGCGCAUUCCUCGUUUUCCUCAGCAUAUCAUGACAGUCAGACUCGUCUUCUAGUAAUAUUUGCGGGUACCAGCUCUCUCGCCCAUAACGUAAUUCAAUUUGAGCAGUUUCUACUAUAUUGUAGAGGGAAAUCGACGUCGUUGCAUUUCUGCUGAUUUCCGGCCGAAGUGGGUCAUAGUUUGCUAUAAAAUUGGCACUUUCAAAACUCAGCUGAAAUAUUCGAGUGUAUGCUUUGAAGGGACACUAAAGAGCAAUAUUAAGUAAUGCUUUGAUAGUAAAUUGCGCUUCUGAAAUACCAAAGCGGCCGCUGUUGAAGCGACAGGCGGAUUGGUACGCCAUUAAAGACGCAAAAGUGAAAAACAUGGGUGACGUUGCCUUGUAAGUUUAGCGCGCCAGUUUACCGUGACGUCACAGAUUUUAGCAGCGCCUGCCCGGGCAUAGUUCUUAGUCGUUAAAGAAGAACUGCGUUGCAUUCUCAAGGAAGUAAAAACGCACAAUAGCACGUUUCAAGAGCAUUUCUUCGACCGAAACUGCCCAAGUACGAUAAAAUACGUUGGAAGCCUUCACGUUCAACUGUCGUUCGAGCGCUGACGGUUCAUCGCGAAAUUUAGAAAACAGAAGUUUUGGCCUUGCGUUGUCCUGCCAAUAACCAAGCUUUCUCAGCCAAGUAAAUGGAGUUGUAGAGCUCUAAGCUAAUAAUGUGUGGCUCUUUAGCGUCCCUUUGCUAGUGAGUGCUCGCGGGGUCGAAGCACAAAAAUUUAAAGCAGGACUCUGGCCCGCUCAAGCACUUGUGUCUCCGACAUUUCCACGAUACCAAUUCGCUCAAUGCAGGCGAGAGCUUACUCGUGAUGCAUGGAGCCUUCGACUGUUUCGCAAUGCUGCACUUUUAUCUUCCCGCGAGAGUUCUCACGGUGACCUUCGCAUUACAUUUUUGCAUCCGGGGUCUGCAGGCAGUGCUCAAUUACCUCCUCUGUUCCUAGAAUAACGCGAUGCAUGCAUCGUUGUAUGUCGCGAGUUCCUUUCAAGACGUGUGAGUUGUAUAAUAAUUUUUGAUAGUAUCUACUUUGCGGUUUCCACGGCUCUCGGUGCGUGAAAUCGAAAUUUGUUCUUUCCGGACCUCGUGAAUAAUGGCGCACACCGUGUCAAUUUGAGCCACCAUUUGCUACCACGGGGUGGUAAACACAAGUCGCUCAUUUCCAUAAAAAUAAGUUUUUCAGCACCUAUGUUCCAGUGCCCUCCGAAUGACGUGCUGAAUUCAUGUACCUGGUAUUGUCUUCGAGUUCUUUAUGUGUAAUGGCUGCUCGUUGCGACGGAACUGCAUUGUACGGGUGCUGCUACAGGUGUGGCGCCACUGAGGUUCUCACCGGUUUACGCUUUCGUCAAUUGUUGCGGCCGAUUGUCCAGCAGCGCAAAACUGUGCUAAUAAUCCGCACUAGACUCAGGUUCCAUUUUUCAUCGAAGUUACAGACUACAUACGAAGCCAAUCGAAACGCUCUGUCAGGUAUUUUUUACCUCACACAGUCUUGAACACAACAGCUUUGCUGUGCUGUAAGAAAACCCUGAUCCAAACACGUGUACAGAGAACACCUGAGAAGUGCGUAGUUAUCUGCAUCGUAAUCAGAAAUUUGAAUGCGCGCAGCACUUUCUGCAGCUUGUGAUCUUUUUUGACAAGAUGCAGUGGAAGAAGAGAGUGGUGGUUUUGAUAGUUAAUAACUUUGUCUAUUUCUUUCCAUUUAGAACGGGGAACAUGAAAAACUGCACAUGUUCUCGGCAAGCACAAGGCAAUGCGCACACUAACUAUUUCAGCCUGUAGUUUUCCAGAAUACUUAUGGUAAGGUUAGGAACGCCUCACUACCAGAUGACCGGUAAAGCUCAGAAAAGCAUAUAAAAGAAACCUCGUUUUUUCUUCAGGAAUUUUACACUUUGCAAUGCUAAGCGAAUAUCGUGCUCGAUUGCCAAAAAAAAAAAAAAGAAGAAGAAGAAAACGGGGUUCGCUAUUGCUCCAAGUACCUGGUUAAAACUCACAAAAGCUGUUUUACUAGCGUUUAUCUUAACUCAGCCGAAUCUUUACUAAGAACUUGUGACACUGCGUAUAGGAUUUUAUGUGCUUGAAGUUGUUUUAAAACCACAACUUAAGUCCAGUAUCCGAAGACUACAUUUACAAGGUAUUUCUUGGAAUCUUGGUCCAUUGUUAUCAGACUUUCCUUACUUUCGCACAUCCAACAUUAGAAAAAAAGAAAGUUAUUUGAGAGGUGUUGCGGCCAACUUUAUAGUUCGCGCAAUACGGGAUGGAAGCAAUGAAGGCUUCCUACGUGUCCACAAUUUAGUAUUGAAGAGUCGGUUUUAUAUUGGACUUAUCACAUUAGCGUUUAUUUUUCUCACCGGAGAAGACCUUGAUAAGAAUGUUCAUCGAAAUAAUAGAGAAUCCAACAGUGGCACAUCAGUGCCGUGAAACUUCAUUUUCAUUGAAAGCUGGGGCUUCGAACACCUUGGCUGCAAUACUACAUUCAUUAAUUUUCAACAGUUAUAAUCUAAGCGCUGUUACACUAAAGCAUAUUCAAUGACGACACGCGCUUGCUGCUCUUAUUCUUAAUUUCACUAAUGAAAAAUAAAAUGAUGAUGUAGCGAAAUGAGUGCUGUGGAAAUACUGAGGCAUAGGGAAGCUUAUAGGGAAGACCUUCACCUAAAUUUGUGCUGCUCAGUGAAUUGGACUUAUCGUUAAAAGGCCCAAAAGAGAACACGUUUCCGCAUUUACAAACAUUCUGCUGAUAGGCUUCCCUCGAGUUUAACACGAGCACAUUUAUGAUUACGACUGAAACGUGCGCAUCUAAGGCAUACAUUAUUAUUUAUUUACGGGACCACAUGCGUUGUUGUCAAGCACGUGCUCUCGUAUCUGCAUUUAGCUGCUUAGUACGGUUCAAGCAAAUCGUGAAACUAACUGUUUCCACAUGAUCUCGGCACGAUUUUAUACCUAAAUAUUGAACGAGCAUCAUUCGGCUUGCACCAGACCACAACGCUUUUUUCUGUGCUCUUAUGAUACCAUUAUAAAAUUUAAAGUUCCUAACGGAAAGAGAUACAACUUAUCUAGCCUUUCGGCAGGAACCGUUGUUUACUUUUGCGAAAGGCUUAUCGAGACUUCGAAAGUUUGCUCAUCGUGUGAGACCGAGUGAGGAUUAUAUCAAAACAUUUCGAACGAAAUUAAAUGCACGCGACCACGGAAAGCACACUGCUGCGAAUAUUGCUUGUUGCUUCAGGGAACGUUCGGAUGGAAUCGGGGCGAGUUAGACCGUAACGUGUUCUUAUCUCCUGGGGAAGGACAUUUUAUUACAGUUAAAGACUUUGAUGUAGUCGUCAUUGAAAGGAUUAUUCUUGUUGUCAUUUAUGACUUGCACGUUUCCUGAAAUGCAAGUCCCCGACUCUAAUUAAGCCGUAAAAUACGCUCACUGCUUCGAAGUUACAGUUCCGAUUUGACUUUCCAAAUGCUUGGCGAAGGACUCGCACCGCGAAGUCAAAAGAAGUUCGUGAGAAGAUUUUGCUGCAACUUACUCAUUCUCGAAGGUAACCUCUCAAGUAUUUUUGUGUCGAGGGCCUGCCCAGUGCAUCUUUAAAAUUCCUUACUCAGUAAAAUAAUAUGCUUUGAAAGAAUAAUAAGAGCUGAACGUAGUAACGGGACCAUAGCUGGCUGGCCGAGCUUCGAUAAAGAAACCUAUUUUUAUUAAUUUUGACGAAAGAAAUUUAUAAAUAAACGCCUUCAUAUUGAAAUGAUGGCCGGCCUCAGGCCCUUUAACGCUAGUUCAUCCCUUUCUAUUCGCAGUGUGUUUCCAUCUGUAUGGCUCUGCAUCAUGUAUGCUUUAUUUUUUACAUUCUUGGUUUCACUUUAUGCAAAUGGAGCACUCGUGCAAAAGCCAGUGCGUAUAAAUCUGGCUCUCACUUCAAAUUCGUAAAUCUUUUAUUAUUUUAUGCCAAUCGAGACAGAACACCUGUUUUCAUAAUUUGCCGUAUGUCCUGCGUGUAUCGAGCUUCUUGCAGAAGACUACAUGUCUCAGUGAGCCGUGCUUUUGAGACAAAAAGCUGUUUUAUCAAAUAUGUGAUUGCGCUAGAAAUGAAGGAAAAAAAGUGACAAUGACGUUAUGAAUACACAUAUAUAGUUACGCACUCGUGACGACAUGGUAAGGCGCGUGAAUGAAUGUUUCUGCACUGUUAAUCAAGUUGGGAACCUAAGACUACAGAUGUUGCAUUACAUCCAUUUCAUUUUAUUGUUGGAGCACUCCCUUACUCAUUUUUGCGUAUGUGGCGCUUAAAAGAAAGAUGAACGGUAGCAAAGCAUCAACACAGCCGAUAUCUUCUCGGUAAGCACCCUGUGUAACGUCGCUAUUGACUGGGUCCUCUCAGGGUUCGUACGGAUUUAUUGACUGAUGACGCCAACGGCCGUUUUCGUAUAGGGUUCAUUCAUAGGUUUGCACGUUUCAGAACAAUUCGAUCACUUCCUGAUCGCCUGUCGAAUGGCGCCUAAUCGCACGAAGCAUUCUAGUCCCGCAGCACUGAAACAAUGCGCACUUGUUUUCAGUUUGAACCGGUGGCGUCAAGGAGAGCGUUUCGCCUCAACAGUAUCGCGAGUCGUUAGCGGAACAUGCACAGUAGGUGCGCUUACCCAUACGGAUAAGCAUACAGUUGACAAAAAAGUGCCAAAAUUUUUGAUCAGAGUCAGUCAUGGCGCCUCCAAGUAUGCCUUAAUGGUGAUGAGAAAGGACGACUGUGGGGGUCCUCGAUGGAUUUUAAUGGUAUACCAUACCCUCUUGUAUUCGUGAGCUUGGACACACGUGAUAAGGUCAGAAACCUUUUGUGGUGUGGCGUCUAUUGGUCUCUUAUCAGUUACAGUUCAAGCAGUUAGAAUGCUCCUUGGAUUAAAAAUUGACACGCUGAUUGCUUCAAAUCUUGGAGUUAUAAAAAUUAGGGCACCAUCUGUUCUUAGACUAUCAGUUCUUAGAAUAGUGCCUAUUAUUCAAUAGGCACCGUGCACACGUUUGUGAAUGUCUUCAAAGAGAUCACAUGAUGUGGUGAGACAUCGAUAACUUGCACAGAUGUCAUGCUAUGUUGGGUGAGGACUUAAACUGAAAACGAGCUGCUGAAAUAUCACAUCCGUAGCGUUAGCGCACAGGCCGUCUGAUUGCAAGUUAUAUGGUUAAAUAUGUUUUGUCUGGAAGAAGUACACGUAGGUAGCACCGCACCGUGACACGGGUUCCAGCGACAAAAGCUUCUUGCGGUUAGGCCGCCUAACUUGAAUAAGGCAGAGAAAAGUAAUUUCGUCAGCCGUGGUACCGUUGCCGCCUGCUGAAACCUUGAGGGCAGUCUUCCAUGACGAAUCGCGCGCGAGGUAUCGAUGUGAGCGCACGUGAGCACGUUGUCCUUCCUCACGGAAGGACACGACUGGAGGCUGCGUUGUGUAGGCACUCCACCGCCGGCGAAUUACGUCACGUUGCCUUCUUGGAGCCGUUAGAACAGUACGGGUACCUCACUGGAGUCUACACGAGAAUACGUGACCCUCUUUGAACUGGCAUAGUUGUACAGUCGCCGUCAAGCUUGACCCGAACGAUGAAGACACAUCUUAAAUGGCUUAAAUGUAACAAGCUCACUCUGUAAGGAGCAAAUUCUUUUGAAGGAGGAUGCAUUAAGCUACCACAGUCAAAGCGCGCCAAGUAGAAAUUUUCACCAACAUUCGUGGGGGGGAAAGAGAAGUGGUAAGGCAAGGUCAACCAGGCAGUUGUCCUACCCUGCGCUGGGGGUGUGAAAGAUGAGCCGAAAAGUUCACAGUGUGCGCGCACAUGUGUGCGUAAUGAAGUGUUGAUCGUUCAGCCUUAAAAAUUAAAUUAUGUGGUUUUACGUGCCAAAACCACGAUCUCAUUAUGAGGCACGUCGUAGUGAGGGACUCCGGAAAUUUGGCCUUUCCCAGGCGCUCGUAUGAGCUGGUGGACGUCAAGAAGCUCAGCAGCGCUUCCGUGUUUCUUACGCACUGUACACGCACGAGGCAACGGCAUCUUCUGUUCGGUAAAUGACCUGUCACGUAGUUUCCAUAAAGCAACCCGGAGGGCAUACCUUUGAUCUUCACGGGAUGGGAGGCCACACGUGACGGGCAGUAGCAAGAGCUUUAGAGUUUCCUCGGUACCACAUGCGUAAUAAUUGCAAAAAGGGUGCUUAAGGUAUGUUCGGACUAAGUAUGACGGAGGCUGUAUCUCCCAUAGUCGCAGCUGGGCUUCGCAGGAUGCAGUACUUGGGGCUCCCGAAUAAUUUUGUCUACCUGAGAUUAUGUGCGCCGUCAGUGCGAGCUUUUCUGCAUUCCGCGCAGAUUUGAAUGGCGUGGUUAUCGUGGCCGGGAAUUGAAACCGUGGCCUCUGGUUCAGCAGGAGGACAUCGUAGCUCCUUAAGCCCACUGCAGUGGGUACAUCUUCUCGAAUGGAAUCGGAGAAGACGCAGCAUGACAGGGUUCGCCGGCGGUGAAUUGUCCAGACUUAACCUCAGGUCGAGUACAGCGUGUGUGUGGCGGGGCUCAGCCUCGAGCGUUCAGAGACUACAUCUGUAGGGGCGGUCCUUCUUUCUCAUGUGGCGAAGCCAGUUGGCAAGAAAAAUUGAGAAUCUAUCGCUCGAACUCUUUUCGGCACGAAACCGAGUUGUAGCCUUCUUUUACCGAAAACUGAAGGUCACUGAUUGCGUUUGUACCGAAGCUGUUUGCUUCUCUAAUCCUACAGCUACGGUCCCUAAGGAGUACUGACACAUUCUCUUUCGAAGUUGUAGAAACUCUGCCGCACGCUUAUUGAGGGUCAAAAGACAACAGUUAGCAAACACAAAGGUCGAGACAUAUAAGGUAUUUUAAUUUGACACUAAUGUUGGUGUCAGAAACUUGGCGUCAUCGACAUUACAAUGACGUCACGACAUAAAGCAAAGUUUGCUGACGUCGUUCAUCAAUAAGGCUACGUAUGAUGGUGAUGGUCAGAAAAAAAAAAUUGCACGUCAGUACUCCUUUGAACCGGGGUUCAGUGGAGGAGCUACGCUGCAUUCUCCUCUCACCACUCACCAAUGCGGCAACCAAUGAUCGUGCUACGCUCGAGGAGACGAAAAAAAUACAUUCAUUUGUUUUGGCAAAUUAAGCCAUAUUGAACCACCUUCAGCUUUCGUUACAGAGACAGAAGGGCCGACAGACACUCGCAAUUUCGUGAUAUGCGUACUUCGACGCAGUCAUACAGAAGCGACCACAUGAAUACAGAGCUAUCUUUUUUCUGUACCUACACUCGUGUAAGGAGUAAACUUAUAUGUCUAUGUAUAAAGUUUAUUGUAGGACCGUGCCAGUAGAGUAUACAUCAUUGUGGAUAUUCCCAUUUAUUCCUCCGGGGAGCCGCACCUUUCAUGAGGUGCUUCCCGCGAAAUGUAUUGUCGCGAUGUAUAUAACGUAGCCCUAAGCGACCUCUGGACACAACUGUGUACGCAGAGGAAAACUGUGGCUAAAAGGACACUAAAGGGAAGCGUUAAGUCAGACUAGAUUCAUUGAAGCCAAUGGAAGAGGCUCAACAUUGUAUAGCUAACAGAGAAAUACGCGGGCAAAGACGGCGCACACCCGGCUUUGGACAUUGCUAUCCUUCAGGCUAGAUUCCACGCAUCAGAGAUUAGCCACGUCAUUUAUUCAGAAACUAAAGGAAGACUGACGAUGCGACAUUCAAAAUUAAGGUGCCAGCUUGAAUGCUCCGUGAUGUCACCUGCUUUGGCAGCGAUUGGUGAAUGCUGGUGAACUGCUCGCAAGAAAGAAGUAACAUUGGACAUGUGAAAUGUUGGGAAGAUUUCAGUGUCACAUGUUGUCACGUAGAAAGAAUUAGAAGAAGAAGCGAAAAAAAAAAACAUGGAGGACGGUGAAGGUAUGACUUCACAGCGAUCACCGUCGCAAGCAUUUUCGAGAGAACUUAGAAACUGUGGGGGGUUUAACGUCCCGUACAUACACGCGGGCUGAGUCUGGCUUGAUUUCGACCGCAUGGCGUUGCUUAACGCCUACCUAAGUCUAAGUACGCAAAUGCUUCUUUUUUUGCAUUUAGCCCCUGUGCAUGGGAAUGCGGCCGCCGCGGGCGGGAAUCGAACCCCGGACCUCGUGUCCAGCAGCAAAACGGCACAGCCACAGAGCCAACGCGGCGGAUUGAGAAACAAAAGUUUGGACAUUUAAACUCCGACAAUCUGCACUUAGACAUCUGCACUUGCCGAGCAGACUACUUCCAGGAGUGUGCAACACGCCAGGGCUGCUCGAUCUAAAGUUUCCCUUUAGUGUCUCUUUACCACGUCCUGUGCAUUCGGUUGUCAAGCGCUGCCGCAAGUGGGCGUUUUGUAAACGUAGAGCAAGACUGCUCCCACAACGUCGUACCUCUCUGUAUCGUGGUGCCAAUGGCGCACGUCGUUAUAUCUACGUCUACCCUGGACCACGCCACACCACUCUUUUCGCUUUGCACCGCCAUUCAUCUAGUGUUUCUUUUUUUUUUUAAUCAUACUGACUUAUAACCUCCUGUUCAUUUCUAUCUUUUUACGCUGUUUGUUAUGACUCGUAACGUGGACUCGCCUUUCCCGCAGAGUCGUCAGAACUUUGGCGCGCACCAAACUACCACUUCACCGCGUUAACACUACUCCAAGAUUAGCAAGCAGUGCAAACGUGUGUCGACCGCGUGCGAUGUUUUUUCCGCGAGCGGUUUGCGGCUGCUAUGACGUUCGGUGCUAAUAACGCCUGUAUGUCUGCGCGGGGCACGAAGUAAAAUCUGCACAGUUUUCCCUGUGUUUCGGAAGCUGUCCGAUUUCUUCCAAGUGUUUAUAUAACUUCGCCUCGUAGCGACUGCAAUUGCGAGGGUAGUUAGUCAACUUAAUAAUAACAGAUGAUUGCAUUGCUACGCAAAUUGAAAAUUGGGCAUUAAUAGUGAAAGGAAAAUGGCGAUUCCGCCGCUGCUGUCAUCCGCGGGCGUUUGUCGAAAAGACGGUGCUCCUUUGUUGGCUCUGCAGAAGGGUUACUCGAAAUCAAUCGAAACUGGAGAUCACGCUUUACGAGUCAUGCAGGCACGUGCAACGGUAAACACCAUGUGUUGACACUGCUAUACCCGUAUUUAACUUUCUUUUUAUUGCAUAGUGAUUGUCCAAUUGUCUCGUGUAUGGUUUUGCACAUAAUCCCGCGCACGUGAUAACACGUUGUUCUAGUCCGAACAGUGUACAGUGCUGUCCUCCACUCUCCGCUGCACCGGGCAUGGUGAAAUGCUCCUUAUCUCUUCUUGCUCCACUACUAGAUACAGCGAUUCUCGCUGUCCUUGUCUGAUACAUUUCUUCCGCCAGGUUGUUCCCUCGUCAACUUCUAGAGAUGGAGUGACAUUUAAGCAAGACUCUGUCACCUUUCGAGUCGACAGGGUUCUUCGAAUAGUUGGUCCAGCUGCAAGAAGUCCAUGCGUAUCUUUUCAUGCUCACCUAGUUUUCCGCAACACAGUCCAGGGCUUAGAUGCUUGGUGCGAGGCCACAUUCGCGGUACUGUGCUCGCGACUGUAGGGAGGCUGGCUGUUUACCCUGUCGUUUGCUGUUGCAAGCUAGGCAACUGAAUGCGAUAAAUAAAUACAGCGGCUACAGCAAUCACCUGGAUGGAAUGACUCACACCGCGUCUUGACCUGUGUUGUACGGUGUUCUCGUGCGUACACGUCGUUUUGUUGAACUGUUGACGUUUAGCGAGAGAUUAUUCUGCGUUCCGCGUUCGGGCGUCUGAGUUGAUGGGGAUGUUCGCUUCGCCAUGGCCGCGUCGUAUCAGCAUUGCAGUUUGUCACGCGCCGUUGUAUUCCUGAUUUAAGCCGCGCGGCGGUCAAAAGCGUUGAACGCAUUUUUCUGCCAUGAACGUUUUGCAUGCGAUACACGCGGACGUGACAGUUGGUCAUUUCGCGACACAGAAACACUGUGGCCUGUACCACGAGAAGCUUUUCGAUCACGACAAGUUUGUGCUUCUCGGGAGAUGCUGUUUCGCAUCGCAUGAUGUAUUGGAGAAAUGUGAUUGGCCAUGUACAGAGUCUUUCUGGUUUGCUACUCGCUGUGUUACUGUUAAAGCGUAAAUGUUUUAUUGAAUGUAUUGUUAAGAACAGCUGUAGCUAUGCGUAUGUUUUUGUGGCACGACUUGCGACCAGCUUCCCACUUUCAUUCAUUACGAAUUGCGGUCAAGUAAUAAGCGCCGAAAGGGCGAAAGUAAUUUAUCUGGUGCGUGCAACCGCACUGGCUCGAGCCUCCAGGACCUCUGACUGCGCAGUAGCGUUCAGUCAUGUAAACUAAUGUGAGGUAGUGUCUCGUCAGUGGUAUGCAAUAGAGCCGCUCGGUAAUUCAUGUUCAUAGAAUUCUGCAUAACGCCCAGAAUUACCGUGAAGAAAUAACUCUUUCGUAACUAUUUCAGCGACGAGUCUAGGAGGGGCAUGUAUCAGCGGCUUCAAGGAACGCUGUCCGAUGUGCUUCUACAUUAGUAAUUGGAGUUAUCUAGUGUCAUCGUCUAGCUUGUACAAUCGUCGACAGUCUAACUGUGGAGAGCGAAGGUGACAGACAUACUUCAGUGUCCCAUUCUACUGUCAGGCCCUCAUCUUUCACGUAAUUCCGUGCUCAUGCAGAAAAACAUAGCUUGCGCUCCAUCGCAGUAGUUCCCGACAAUGCUGUCUUUGGCAGCGUGCCCGUGUAGAGGCCGAAUCAGCCGUAUUGUUGCGCAGUGGAGUAUAGUUACCGUGUCGAGACAAUUAUUCUUGGUCUUCGCCAUCAUAACACGAAUAGUAGUAAAUCAAUCUCGGGAAAAAAUGUAAUUACACGCUACACAGACGGCGCUUUAUUUAAUUUAGACGAAGUUUUUGUAAAAAGCGCAUUUUUAAAUGCAACAAAUCUGAAAAGCUAAGUUCGAUCUGUGUUCCUCUUACCAUUGCAGGUCCGCACAAAAGCUGCGUACCAAUUUAGAUAUUUUAGCCUUGUUUCUGGCGCGCAGCUGACUGCCAUAGAUUUUAAGUACAGAUUUAGCUGCCUAGCCUGUACAGCCUGGGAACAUGGAAGCUCCCAUCAAAGUGGCAGACGCCGUCCUCAAUUACGUAAUAUACGCAUUGUGAGAUACGCCCACUAGCGCAUGACGACACUGGCUUUUGAUUCGCGUCAUUUUGUUUCGACCACAAAAUUUGAGUCAUCUAUAGUUUUCUUACAUAAAGACACCCGAAUGGAAAUCUGCUUCGUAUUACUAGUUGCGUGCUGUUCUUUAUUACACCCUGUUCAUUUCUAACUACGUAAUGAUGGUAACAGUAAUUGAUGUCUUUGCACUUGAUUGACGUUAGACGAUGGCAAACAGAUGACAAGCAGACGACAAGCAGACGACAAGACUCGGAGGGAUACAUUGGCGGAUGCGUUCGUUCUCCAUUCUGCUGAUGAUGCCUGCGUUUCAUGGCCCUUCGGGUAACUACUGUGAUGGAGCAUAGUUAACCACCGCGUACAGUAGCAGCCCAUGCGCUUUUACUCACAGUUUGAAGCAAAGCGGUGUACAGCGCUCGCGUUUGCUUAGGUGUGUCUGUGCUGGAGAGAUGAAACAAGGACGCCAGUCGAGCCUCUUUCUUUUCCCAUUCUUAUGCGUUUCGUAAGACCUGCACAGACAUAUCUGACUAUGGUACCUGAAAAGCAGUUUACACAACUGUACUUAACAAACACGUUGUUGUUUAUCCGUGGUCCAACAGCUUCGAAGACUACAUUGAUUACCUGUAGAAAGUAUGUGGCUUAUACAGAACAGUAAGGAAACAUCGCCACCAGCAGCGAUUCGACGCGACCUUUUUUUCUUUUUUUUUGCACGCGUCACACACAACCGUGGAAGGAUGGGGAGUGCUGAAGGAAAUGACGUCGUUGCUUCGUGUGUGGAAAGUUGUUCGUUUUGAUCAACGUAUUGUGUUGUGCACUUUAUGGCGGUGUUUUGUUUCGUGCCGUAGUCAUAAUUUUGUCCGGUAUUUUUAUGUGGUUACUCUACACUGAUGUACAUAUCUCGUGAGGGUAGCUAACCACUGCAUUCCUUGUUGCUGAGUUUAGCAAAACCUGUGGCUCGUGAACGCUUGCCCACGUCUGUCGGGAUUUUCUUUUGAAUCCUGACAAUAACUCUGUAAGCAUUCAUUCCUGGGCAGCGGAGGAAUAUCUAUGAUUAAGAAGCGUAAUGUGUAGUGAAAUAUUUAUUUUUUUGAUUUAACCUUCCUCACGUAUGAGACAAUUACGUUUCUGGUUACUUUACGUUAAUUUUAGCCUCAGUUGGGGUACGUACGUAAACAUUCGGACAACCUGGCGCCACGGUAUGUACUGCAUUUAUGCUUUGUGGAUAGGACUUACAGUUCCUACCUUUAUCGGUUGCAAUUAACUUUGUUUUGGUCGCUGUGUGAUUGUGAAAAGUAUCUUUGUGCAAGCUUUCGCAAAUUGGAAGAGAUACUUUUACUUUGUCAGAAAACUGUUCAUUGCCAUCGCUUUCUUCCAUUUGAAAAUUAAAAAAAAAUUCAGGUUUCUGUUAUUUGAGUUUCAAGUGCCUGAAGGUUCUAAUAGAAAACUUAGCUGAGAGUGUUUACCGAAAGCUUUCGCCCUACUGUUACCUGCACUAUACAUUCCAUGCGCUCGUAAACACUGACAAGUGUUCUUAAACACAAAAACAAUUUCAAGAAAAUUUGCCUCUCAGAUUUGACACUUUUUAUAUCCGCUCAAAGGAAAUGGCGUCAUUGCUGGCAUCCAGUUCUCUUUGAAGCGUAUGAGCCAAUUAGACCCAGUGUUCUUUGAUAAUAUGCCACUGCGAAAGCAACAUCAGUCGCCGCUUUAAUUACCUUGGAUGGUAACUGUCUUGGGAGGAACAUGCCUAUUGUGAAGAGCUCUAAUUCUGAAUAAUAAUAAAAAAUAUAGAGCUUUUUCUAUACUUCAGCGUUGAAAGUAAGCAAAACAACACACCGCACAAAAAAAAAAUGCAAAUUGUGUUAAAAAAAAAACGAACAUUUCACCUCUCCUUAGUUAAGGUUCUCCUUGUCUACUCUGCGUGCUCAUGGGCUAAAAAAAUCGUUUCACACAACAACUGUGUGGUAUAUAGGACGCGUCUAGUUGACGACAUUCACAACUACGUGACCUGAUUUCGGUCAGCAUACGGACAAGCGUUUGUGAGCCUCACGGUAUCGCAUCAGGGUGUUGGCUGGACACAUAGCCACGUGCCCUAGUUUCUUCAGCAUUAAUGUUUGCGUCGUGGUCUGUAAGUGUAUGUCGAGUGCAUUGUUUCAGUGAUGUCAGUGCAUCCCAUUAAAGAUUUGUUCUUUAAAACAAA